CGCACUUUUUUCUCACUCAAUUUUUUUCAAAACUCACACAGCUCCACUCCCUACCAAACACCAACCUCGCCGCCGUGACACACUUCAAUGAACGGCGGUGGAGGUGACUUACCGCCGCCGUCAUCCAACGGCGGCGAGUUCCUCCUCUCUCUUAUCCAGGGACCCCGCCACCACCCACACCAACCCCAUCAUCCCCCGCCCCCGCCACCGCCGCCACAACAAUCUCCUGCCGUCGAUCCCGCCGUCGCCAUCAUGGGCCCCACGAUCCCCGUCGCCGCGUCUCCGUGGCCAUCCAACGGUCCAGAUCAUCCCCAACCUCAUCAUCAUCAUCAUCUUCAACAUCAUCUUCCUAUGUGGUCCCACACUCUCUCUCUUCCUUACCCGCCAAACUUUUUCGGGUUACCCCAUGACCCGUUUCAUCAUACUCGGGUACCCGGAAACCACCUCCUCGCUACCCCAAUUCCCUUCGGCGAUGAUCUGCGAAUUUUAGGGUUUCCGAUUGAAGGAAACAAUAACAAUAACAACAGCAACAGCAACAGCAGCAUCAACAUAAACAACGACAUCAACCAAAGGGUCGAUGCUUUCGUUCAGCAGCAGAAGCAACAAGAACUGAAGCUAAAGUUCGGGUCUUUACCACCUGUUGCUUAUGCUGCUCCUGAAGUUUCGUCCAAUGUGGAUUCCUUGCUCAAUUCGAAGUUCCACACAAGCUAUAACGGGUUUGAUAGGAACUUGCAUGUGGACCCCAAGGUAAACCCUAAUUCGAAUUCGACUGGGAAUGCUGUUCUACAUGGUGGUGAUCGAGAUUUUGUUGAACAAGAAAGAAGUGGGGUUGGGAGUUUUAGGUCUGUUGGGGCAACCCCUGAAACUAGUAGAGCUCCACCACCUGGGUUUGGAAACAAGCCCAGGGGAAAGGGUUAUUGGGGUUCUGGCACUGGUAGGAAGGGUCCUGAGGGUAGUGAUGUUAGGGUGGUUGUUGUUGGUUCUGGUGAAUUGGCUGGUAGGAAUGAGAGUUUGUACACUAAGAAGGAAAGUGUGAGAACUGUGUCUGGUGAAAGGAGCAACACCAGAGGCAAUGUGGCACGUGAAAUGGGGCCUAUUGAACGGCUUGAUCAUCCUGGCAUUGAAGAUUCUAGGUCGAAUUUUCGGAGUGGCAUUGUUGAAGAUGGUGUUAGAGAUAAGUAUAAGGGAGUUAGGAGAUCAAAGAUGGAGGGUGACUCUGGCAGAGGUGAUGCUGAUGCUGAUGUCCUUGGGGAGAAGUUAGCUGAUUCCUUGUUGCUUGAGGUUGAGUCUGAUGACAAGAAUAACUCAGGGCAACGCCGUAGCACUCGGGAGAAGGAUGCUAGAUCAUCAGAUUCAAGAGGACAACAGCUGCUAAGUCAGAGGGCGAGAAUGUACAAAAGACAGAUGCUUUGUCGAAGAGACAUAGAUAGUCUUAAUGCUCCUUUCCUUGCAAUAUAUGAGUCUCUAAUACCUCCUGAAGAAGAAAAGCUGAAGCAAAAGCAAUUGUUAGUGUUAUUGGAGAAAUUAGUUAAUGAGGAGUGGCCAACAGCUCGUCUUUAUCUCUAUGGAUCAUGUGCUAAUUCAUUUGACGUUUCAAAAAGUGACAUUGAUGUUUGCCUUGCUAUUGAGGAAGCAGGCAUGGAGAAAUCCCAGAUUAUAAUUAAAUUGGCCGAUAUUUUGCAAUCAGAUAACCUGCAGAAUGUGCAGGCAUUGACACGAGCAAGGGUUCCUAUAGUAAAGCUCAUGGAUCCAGUGACAGGAAUCUCUUGUGACAUAUGCAUUAACAAUCUCCUGGCUGUAGUAAAUACGAGACUUCUUCGGGAUUAUGGCUGCAUAGAUUUGAGGUUACGGCAGCUGGCUUUUAUUAUCAAACAUUGGGCAAAGUCAAGAGGAGUCAAUGAAACCUACCAUGGGACCUUAUCUAGCUAUGCGUAUGUUUUGAUGUGCAUUCAUUUUUUACAACAGCGAAGACCUGCUAUCCUUCCAUGCUUACAGGAGAUGGAGGCAACAUACUCUGUGACUGUGGACGAUAUUGAUUGUGCUUACUUUGAUCAAGUUGAAAAACUUUCUGAUUUUGGACGCCAUAACAAGGAAACUAUUUCUCAGCUUGUGUGGGGAUUUUUCUAUUAUUGGGCAUAUUGUCAUGAUUAUGCAAAUGCUGUUAUAUCUGUACGUACAGGAAGCAUAAUCAGCAAGCGAGAGAAGGACUGGACAAGAAGGAUUGGUAAUGAUCGCCAUUUGAUAUGCAUAGAGGAUCCUUUUGAAAUAUCUCAUGAUCUGGGUCGAGUGGUAGAUAAACAUAGCAUCAAAGUUCUCAGGGAAGAGUUUGAACGAGCUGCUGAUAUUAUGCAGUAUGAUCCAAAUCCAUGCGUUAAACUUUUUGAGCCUUAUGUCCGUAGUUGAUUGACCAGUUGUUUUGAAUAUAGAUUCAUAGGUAAGGUAAUGGACGCUCAGCUUGUAAAGCUUAUUUUGCUGCAUUUACCUUGUUUAUAUGUGUAUUUAUGAGGGUUUUAAAUAUG